CUUUGCUCCGUCAAGGAUUCGACUAUUCGUAACUCGUACUUAUCUGGUCUACUUUUAUAUGAAGAAGAUUUUGGGAGCGACCUCAUUCAACAGUGACGUGCAUGUCGUUUUCCCAGUGCUAAAUUUAAUCGUCGAGAACAUAUUGCAGAAAAUGAUGUAAAACGGAUUUGACUGAUAGUCUUUAGCAGGGGCAAAAAGAAUCAGCAGCAGCGCAACGCAGUUGUUUUAGUUUUGUUCUUUUAGACACAAAAGUCCAAACCAACAAUCGGUGGAACCUCAACAACUUAUCAAAUCCAAGGAACUAACAGUCUUCUCUAUUUGAUUUCUUUUUCUUUUCCCAACCACCUAUCCAACAGUCUAAUUUCACUGCAUAAAUACUGAAUACUCUGAUCACCAUGGAGCCUGCGCCGGCUUUUUUUGUGGGGAAAUCAUGGGUGACUUGAAUCCUAGCUCUAGUAAUGGGCAUAGAAGUCAAGCCUCGACGCUGAAAGAGGAGAGACGUGAGGAUACUAAGGUGGAAUUCUCUGAGGAUGAGGAGAUGCUCAUUGCCAGAAUGUUUAAGUUGGUCGGAGCGAGGUGGUCUCUGAUUGCUGGGAGAAUCCCCGGAAGGACAGCAGAGGAGAUCGAAAAGUACUGGACUUCAAGACAUAGCUCACAGUCACAGAAUGAAAGAUGAUCGAUCCCCCCCACCCCGACUCCAGAGUCGGAACACUGAUGCUGUAAAUAUAUCUUCUUUUGAUUAGCGUGGAGCACUGUAGACCGAUUUUCAAGAUGUAGGGUGUGUGCAUGAUGAUGUUAGAUACGGUAUCAUGAAGAAACGGAUUCAUUCCCUGCAAUUUUUCCUGCUCUUAUCUCAUGAUUGUCAGUCAUUUGUUAUUGCAUUGAACAGGAACUUGUUUCUGUAGAACUGUAUGGUACAAGUGUAAAUAUUUAAUUGAUUAGGCUUUAUUUUCUCAAUUCUCCAUCAUUUAUAUGCCUAGUAAAAAACAAGCAUAGUAGAUAACAAUCA